CGGUCAACACAUACAGGGCUUUUGUCAGGAAGGGGGCGUCUCUCACAUUCAUGUGUUACAUAAAAGGUGAAAGACUGGUCCAUGUCCAUGCUGCUGCUGUGAGCUACUUCUGGAGCACUGACCACCAGAAAAGAAGCAUAAAAUAUUUUUUAUCAAAAGGCAGGCUGUACGGAAUGAUGGCGGCUUCUUUGCUGAGGAUAGGACGACUGGGCUGUGUCAAGUGUUUGCAGGCUGAGAGCUGGAGUACUCUGAGUAGAGCACCUGCAGCUGUAGCCUUUAGCUCAAAAUCUGGCGGUUCCAAGAAGUCGUCAAAAAAGAACAAGCCAGACAAAGACCAGGCCAAAACAUAUUUCGAUAUAGAGAAACUUGUCCAGCACAAGUCAUAUGAGGUUCCAAAGAAAGACGUGUCUCCAGCAGUAGCCGCUGCAGCAGCAGAAGCUGCAGCUAAACCGGCCGCAGAGCCUGCGCCCUCUGCUGCUGCACCUGAGGCUGUUGCAACCAGCCCUGUGGUAGAAGCUGCUACACCUGCGGUCGAAGCAGUCUCUGAAUCUGCCUCAGUAGUUGAAGCCACACCUGUGGUGGAGGCUGUGCCUGAAGCUGUGGUUGAAGCUGUCGCAGAAGCCGCCCCCGUUGUUGAGGCUGUUGCUGAAGCAGUCCCAGAAGCUGCACCUGUGGUUGAGGCUAUCGCAGAAGCUGCACCUGUGGUUGAGGCUGUGCCUGAAGCUGUCCCCGUUGUUGAGGCUGUUGCUGAAGCAGUCCCAGAAGCUGCACCUGUGGUUGAGGCUGUGCCUGAAGCUGUGGUUGAGGCUGUGCCUGAAGCUGUCCCCGUUGUUGGGGCUGUUGCUGAAGCAGUCCCAGAAGCUGCACCUGUGGUCGAGGCUGUCGCAGAAGCUGCACCUGUGGUCGAGGCUGUCGCAGAAGCAGUCGUUGAGGCUGUCCCUGAAGCUGCACCUGUGGUCGAGGCUGUCGCAGAAGCAGUCGUUGAGGCUGCACCUGUUGUCGAGGCUGUCGCAGAAGCAGUUGCCGACGCAGCAGCGUCUAUAGCUGAAGCUGCUGCUGCGGAAGCUCCCGCUGAAGCCGCUGCCCCUGCAGCUGAAGCUGCCGCCGCAGUCGGUGAAGCUCCUGUUGAAGCUGCAGCAACCCCCGAAGCUGCUCCAGCAGAACCUCUUGUCGAACCUGCUGCCGAAGUUCCUGUAGAAGCUCCUCAAGAAGCCCCUGCUGCAGAAGCUGCACCAGUUUUGGAAGCUGCCCCUGAAGCUGCCCCUGUAGAAGCUGCUGCAGAGCCUGUAGAAGCUGAAGCUGCCCCUGUAGAAGCUGCUGCAGAGCCUGUAGAAGCUGAAGCUGCCCCUGUAGAAGCUGCUGCAGAGCCUGUAGAAGCUGAAGCUGCCCCCACUGCCGUAGCUGCUGAGGCUGCAGCUGAAGUGUCGGCCCCUGUGGAGAGCACCGAGGAGCUGGUGGACCCUGCUCCAGUCGUAGCUGAAGCUGCGGGAGAGGAGCUGCAGGCUGACAUCCCAGCUGAACCAGUUGAACCAAUUGAGGCUCAAAUGGACCCAAUUCAGAAGCUCUUCUUGGACUCCAUACGCGAGUACUCCACAAAAAGCCAGGCUUCUGGGCGGCUAGUGGAUGCAGGUUCAGAGUACGAAAAGGCCUUGGCAGAGGAGGUAGCAAAGCUUCAGAGACUCUAUGGUGGUGGAGACCUCGCAUCUUUUCCAGAGUUCAAAUUCACAGAGCCCAAGUUGGAUGAAGUUUCCCAGAAGUGAACCUCAGCACUUUUCAGUUAACCUUUUUUCUAACGUCGCCUUUUCCCCGUACAUCUGUGUCUGCUUAAUGUCAAAGUUACAACAAACCGUUGUCUCUAGCGUUUGUAUGUGAGAGUAGAGCUGUUUCAGUAGCUGGAUAUUUUAAGGGAAUGGAAGCUAACGCAUUAGAUGUACAUUUUGGCAGACAAAGUGAACUUAGAGCUGUGAAAUAAGCUUUGUGCAGAUUGAUCCAUGGCUGAGCUGAAUGUGAAUAAAAACAAUAAAUUCCAGUUCA